AUCAAUAACCAGUAGUUGUUGUUGAGUGAAUAGAGCACAUCUGUCCGUGCAUUGUCAGCUGAGUCAGAGCAAACGUACUCUAGUCACACAGCUGUCAAGCAAGCCAUUGUAUAGGCGGCACUCUAUUGUAGCAGGAAUCUAUCAGAAAGCACCGGCGAUAAAGACGGCCAGAGUUAGGCCACGCUAUUUCCAUAGCGAUCUGCACACUGCAGGACCAAACAUGCACAUCCUCCUCGUAGUAAAAUGACUCGGCGUGUGCGUGUGUAAGAGCUCGGCGUGUUUAUAAGGUUUUUUUUUUUUUUCCCUCGUUCAUUCAUAAAUGUUUUCCGUGGCAGCCUCGGUCGACGUAGCGAUUGGCUGCGCCCAGCUCUUGCCAGCCCCUUCAGGAUGAGCCCUGAAAUUAGCAGCGAGAAGGCAUGUAAUUGACAGAGUCACGUGUGCUCGAGGGGCCAGCGAGCUGAGAGCCGAGAGAAGGGAGCAACACAAGAGGGAGAGCACGCUAGACCAUGCGAGCUAAAUUUGGGAUCGCUUCAAAUCAGGAUGUCACAUUGAUGCUACAGAUCACCCCCAGCAAAAAGGAAACUUUCCAUCUGUCGUUUCUAGAGCAAGAGGCAUCAUGGCCGAAGGAGGGGCUGCCAGAGGUACAAGAGAAGAACAGGGGAAGCUGCCAGAGCAAGAAGAAGAGGAGGAGGAGGACCCCCAGGUCUUGCGUGGCUCAGGCCAUUGCAAGUGGUUCAAUGUGCGGAUGGGCUUCGGUUUCAUAUCUAUGACUAGCCGGGAGGGAAGUCCCUUGGAAAACCCUGUUGAUGUUUUUGUCCACCAAAGCAAACUGUACAUGGAAGGAUUUAGAAGCCUGAAAGAAGGAGAGCCAGUAGAAUUUACAUUUAAGAAAUCCUCCAAAGGUUUUGAGUCAUUACGGGUAACUGGCCCCGGAGGAAACCCAUGCUUAGGAAGUGAAAGACGACCCAAGGGGAAGACCGUUCAAAAAAGAAAACCAAAGGGGGAUAGGGAAUGUGGCAAAAAGCAGUCCUACGGUACAUCAGGUAACCAUGGGAGACUCGCAAUGCAGGGUCAGUGUGCACCAGCUCAGGGGAUUGGAUGCUAUAACUGUGGUGGCCUUGAUCAUCAUGCUAAAGAAUGCAAUCUACCUCCUCAACCAAAAAAGUGCCAUUACUGUCAAAGCAUAACGCACAUGGUAGCUAACUGCCCACACAAAAUAGUUCCACAGCAUCCAACAACUUCUCAGGGAAGAUAUGAAGCAGAACCACAGUCGUCAACUUCAUCUUUUCAGAGAGAAGGGGGAGGGGCAAUUGGCUAUUCAUCUCCGUCUUAUUCUCAGGAGGGAAGAUCAGAGCUCUCAGAACGUUCAAGCAGGUCGCCACAAGAAGCAUCCUUAAGUAAGAUAUCUACAUCGCCUGAGGAACAAAGCAGAAAGGGGCCUUCUGUUCAAAAAAGAAAAAAAACUUAAGGCUUUGUCCUGGUGUUUCCCUUUAACUUCACCCAUUCUGGGAAGUUCUACCUCAUACAAGUACAGGGGAAGUCAUUUCAUUUAUUGCAACUGACCAGGAAUUCUAACUACUGUUAUGGAACUGUGAAUUUAAGAAAAAUCAUGAAACGGACAAAUCACUCCAAGCAAGUUUGAAAUGCAGGGUGUUUUUUUUUUUUUUUUAAGUCUUUUGUGUCUUCAUAUUUGUGUAACGUUUUUGCCUUUAAUGCAUAUCACAGUAUAAUUUGAAGGAAAAGGCAUCUUAGAUAUAAUUGUGUGUGUCUGUAUAUGCAUACAUAUAAAAUAAAGGUGCACACACCAGGCUCCCUUAAUGGCAAUUCUUAGUAAUACAAUAGAAAAAAUCAGAACAUUGAAUAAAGCAAAAUAGAGAGUCCGUUAUAAAGGCUUGUUUAACAUUUCCACUGGGAUAGGUAGACUUAAGAAGCAAGAAUAUCACUGACUGUCCACCAUAACAAGGCCCCAUAUACACACAAACAAGUUUCAACUACAGCUUAGAUAUCCAGGUUUUUGUAAGAGUGGAAACUAGAUAUCUAGGAGCAGUUCGUGUUUUUGUUACUAAUAUAUAUAUAUAUAUAUAUAUAUAUAUAUAUAUAUAUAUAUAUAUACACACACACAUACACGCACACACUUACACAGUUAUCCUCAUCCUCAAUAUCAAAGAGUAUGAAGCAAUAUAUUCGUUGUUCUUAAUUUUUUACUUUUUUGUUAAACACCCCUGCUGUUUUUUUUUUUUUUUUUUUCAUUUUUACUGUCAAUGUUCUUGUGUAGACAAAGUUUGUAAGAUUGGUGGACUUUUCACCUUCUCCAUCCAUCCUUCCUAAACAGGAGGGAAUUUUUCCUGACCUUUUUGAUCCAUUGGAGUUGUAACUGACUCCCCACCAAAGCAAUAUUUUGAGCCAGAUAUGCUUUAGGUGUCCUUAAACAUUAUCUUCACAUGUAAAAAGAUCAACAAGAGACAAUGAAUGAUUAUUUUCUGUGAUGUUGUAUGAUGUCCUGUAUUAAUUAUGUGUACUAGAUGAAGACAAUGCAAAAAGCAUCGCAGUUGUAUCUUAAUCACACAUUGGCAUAGUUUUGUUGUUUACGGUAAACAAUGAAUCUUGGCAGUGGCAGCAGCACAAUUUUCAUAUAUGUUACUUCACUUAAUAUAAACAGGGUCUUUGGGGGCCAUUUAGGUCUAAUUACAUCCAUGAAAUUGCUAUGGAGAAGCAAAUUAAUUAUACACAGAAUACCAUAUAUGCGUUGCACAUCUAGAGUUUUAACAUUUACAGGCUUGCCAUGCAAUGGAUCUAGUGUAACAGUUUUGUUUUUCUGAACAAACAAGGAAGCAUAACUAAGAUAAACCACUGAUUGUAAAUAACUUUAGUCAGCUGGUGCCCACAUUUUGUCCUGGGUAUGUAAAUUGCUAAAUUGACUACUAGGACACAACUCUUUUCAACGUUUCUUAGAGGCAUGUUUUUAUUUUUUGUUUUUAACUCUUCCAGAAAAAAGUAGUUUUAAAAUUAUCUGCCCUACUAGACAGUGGAGUCAACUAUCCGAUGUAUAGAACUACUGAACUAAAUGCAGGGCCCAUAUACAUAUUGCAGAACAAUCCAUCUCUUAACUGGUGGAAGAAGGGGUUGUCCUUUUUUAAUAUACAUUCAUGGGCUUUUAUUAUAAGCAAGCCAAUCCCUGGCCCUGCCUGCAUUCAAAUGCUGCAUCUUUGAUGAGCAAUAGGCAAGCAACAAUCCUUGUUUGUGUUUGUAUUUGCAGAAAGGACAGAUGUUUCUUGCUGAUCAUCAUAGAACUGCAGAGCAAAGGCAGUGAAAUGUAGGUGCCAAAGGGACAGUCCCAUUUUCCUUAAGUGAUAGAUUGUCAUUUAGGUAGUGGAAUAACACUUGUGCAAUAUUUAGAAAGGAUCCAUGCAGAGCCAGUUCAGCAAGUAUUUGUGAGUUUACCAACCCCAACUGUCAGACAUAGGCUGUUUUCUAUUGAACACCUUAGUCUGUGUCUAAUUUACUCAAAAAUUAGUCCCAGAAGAGUGGUCACCAUACAGUGACUGCAGCUCGUUUCUGGUAAAGUCACUCCAACAAAUGGAAACCAGAAUAACUUAAGGGUCUGGUUUACGAACAUCAGUGCAGUAACCAAGAAGAGCCACUAAUUAGUAUUUUGCAACUUUAAAAUGAAAGCAACUGGGCCGUUUCACUUGUGCAAGCCAGCAUAUAUAAAAUGAUGUCACUAGCAAUAAUAGCCACAGUGCAGUUUUGCCAAGGCCAGUAGACAAUGUGUGGCCACAGAAUGGCUUGCUGGAAAAUAAUGUCUUUACAGACUGAGCAUUGUAGAUGUAAUAAUAAUCAAGUGGCAGCUUCGGCCACUAAACGGUAAAGGAACACUACUGGGUCUAUUUAUCAUGCUGUGUAAAAAUUGGAAACGUUACCGGUGAUGUUACUCAUAGCAACCAAUCAGAUCUUUGCUUUUGUUUUCUGUUGAAAUCUAAUUGCGGAUUGGUUGUUUUGGGCAAUAUCACCAGUAAUGCUUCACUCUACUUUUUACAUAGCAUGAUAAAUAGGCCCCUACAUGUCAGUGCUCCUAGACCACUGUUAGAAAAUCCCUAUUCUGCAAAAUGUAUAACAUACUGGAGUUUGGUAUAGGUUACGUUUUUGGCUAUACAGGUAUUGGGUCUAUUAUCUGGAAUACUAGGGACCUGGAGUUAAGGUAGUAAAAUGUUUUUCUGUACUUUGAAUCAUCAACCUUAAGUCUGCUAAAAACAUUAAAUAUAUCCAAUGGGAUUGUUUUGCCACUGAUAUAGAUUUUUGUUGCUUAGAUGCCACCAAGUGCAAGGCACUUUUCAUUUCAAGAACAAGGCAGCUUAUUUAAAAAAUUUAAAUGGACUCUGUUGGAUGGCCUUUCUGUAAUUCAGAGCUAUCUGGAAAUUGGGUUUCUGGUAAGAGAUCCCAUACCUGUAUUACUAAAAGGAAAUACAUGGUUUUAAAGUUGUAUCUGAGGGAGAGCAAUAUUUAUGUCUUCCUGAUGUAAUUUAGAACAGUAUGAUAAACUUUUGCAACUUCUGGUUACUAAAUCCAAUGUAUCUGUGUAUCUACUAUCCUUUAUCAAAAGAUCUGAAAGAAAGUGCAGACCUAGUCUUGAAUUACUGAAAUAUCUUUAGCAAAGAAUCAAAAUCUCAUAAUAUUUGAUGUAGAUUAUUAAACUGUGAUCUCCAUUUUACUUUACUGGAACCAAUAACACGGAACCCCCAAAAUCACAGUUUCAACAGCUGUCUUUGUACAGUAUAUCUAAGCACAUAUUUUGCCUAUUGUAAAAGGGCAGUAACAUUGUUGAUGCCAGCUGAAUGUUCACUGUUCUCUUCCUACAUAAUAAUACAGUAUUUUUCUUUUAAUCUAAGAUAUCAACAUUUUAAUCAAAGGAUAUCAACAUAUGGUCCUGAAUAGUACUGUGGUGUUUCACAUUGAUGUAUCUAGGAUAAUGGUUAGUUGAGUAGAAAAUGCAUCUCCUCACCAAUAGUCUUGUGAUUUUUCAGAUGUAUAGUAGACCUGAAAAAUUACCCAGGAGACUUGUGUUUAAUGUGUCAUGGAGAAUUGUUUUUUUCAUUCUCUGUUUAAGAUUGCUGCCAUUUAAAAAAUGAUUUAACAAAGAUGGACCAGUAAUUGCAGUAUUAGAAAUCGUGAUCAGUUUAGUAUCGCUGCUGUUGCUUACAAAGGUUAUCUGUUUCUACCAGGCACAAAUCAAGUCUCUACACUUGAAUUUCAUUACUGUAUGAUGCAAUGUUUGACUUUUGACGAUAUUGAAUGUGAUGUAACAAUUUUGAAUACUUCCUUGCCUUAAGUAAGGAAAAGCUAUCAUAUUUAAGUUACGUAGACGAAUCAAAGUGACAUUGUAUAACCUGGCAAAUUGAUGUAAGUGACUGUGACUAUGUAGUAUGGUCCUAUUGCUCUGGUGCUAGAGGUUAUGCACUACACAAAGGAACAAAAUAGUUGUGAAAGAUCACUUUGAAUUUUUAAACCAAAGUUUCCUCAUUUUCUACAAAUAGAGUUUUUAGGGUCUUUUUUUUUUCUAAAUGGACAUUCCCUGUUUACAUAGAUAUGGUUCAGAGCCCCAGACCAUCUAAAAUUUCUAGGCUCUUCCACACCCCUUUUUAGGGAUGCUGUACAUAUAUUCACCAUAAGCAUUUCUCCAGAUAUGGCCAGAACUACAAGGAGCACAUAUCAAACCUAUGUUAAAUCUAGGUUUUAUUUUUGUAUACGAAAAUAUUAUCACAGUUUCAGAACAUACUCAGGACAAAGAACUUUGCUCAGGGAAUAUACCAUGUAAUAAUGUUUUUUCCAUUACUGAAUCGUCUACAGGCCUAUUCUAUCAGAACAAACCAAAUAGAUGUAGACUUUUAUAUCUUGUGUAUUAAGUGUUAUGUACUGGCAUUAGUAACUACCUCUCAAAUUCAACAUAAACCCAUAAUUCUGAUAAUCAGAUUCAUAUUUUUUGUGUAUGUGUGUGUAUUUCAUGUUAUUUGUAAAACUGUGUUCAUAUUUGGAUUACUUAUGUGAAUACUUGUGAGCUCUGUUUUCGUUUUCACAAUGUUUACGUAGGUAUUUUUUGUUAUUUUAUUCUGUUUACAGCAAAAGGCUACCUCAUUUUACCAUAUUACAUUUUAUGCUGCUUCAACCUUUUAGGUUAAUUUCAUGUCAAUGGUACAUCUUUUAUUUUUCUCUUCCUUACAUUAUGAAUAUCUUUUUGAAAUAAAAUGUAUUUGCCAAAAAUGCUUAAAAUCAAUGCAUGUGGAAUUGGCCAUAGGAAACUACUGCCAACAUGUUACAUCUAAAAGUAUUCAAGGUUUCAGUUCAAAAACAAAAAGCUGAAAGCCACAGUUAUGUAUAAUUGGCUUUUAUAAUUUACUCCGUUCUCCCACUGAACUGAUUUGCAAAGUUCUCUGAUGUUGAUGACAUCUAAAGUUUCUGAGCUUUGAUACAAAGUGGGAAUGAACAUUUGGCUGGUAUGCAGUUGUAAGUAUACCUGAAUAUUUUCUGCAUACCAAAAUGAUGACAAAUCAGUUGUAAAUGGUUAUAUUAUGUCUAAGAAAAAGUUGAGAGUUCAAAGUUUUGUUAUUAAAAAGAGCCUUGGUGGCAGAAUCAUUGCAAGGGUAGCUUCAUUUAUAUUUUGAAUAUUAACAUGCAAUAUGGCAUGUUUAUCAUGUGUUCUUACCCUUGGCUUUCUAGGAGAAUUUCAAUGCAUUGCUUCUGAGUACUGUGCAUUUGUAAGCCUUAUGGUGUAUUUGAAUAUGGCUUCUACUGCAUGUAUCUCUGUAGAGAUGGCAUUAGCAGCUAAGGACAAUGUGUGCUCAAAAUUUAAUUGAAAGCACAUCCAUAAAAUGUUUCUAAACAUAUUAUUAGUUUGGAGUGUUUAAUAGAUUUUUUUUUUUUCAAUAUUCAUUUUGAGAUUUAAAUCUCAUCAAAUUUUGAUUAUUGUUUUAAUUAUCCAGUCCUAGAAACUAAUAUUCCCUUGAUUUAUUUUUCCUUUUAAGGUAGCAUCCUAAUAAGUUUUUUGUUAUUAUGCAGCAAAUAACAUUCUUUAUUAAAAAAAAAAAAUAAGACCUGAGGGAUCUCAAGAAGUCUUAAGUAAUUUAAGUUAAUUUAUCUCCUGUAAGAAAUGUUUAUCAUAAAAAGUUAUAUAUGUGGAAAUUACCCUUUUAUAAAAUCGGGGUUGGGGCAUAAAUUAUGUGCAUGUGCACUGGGUUGAUGUGUUGAUGUCUAUAUGAACAAGACAUAGAUUAGAAAAAGCAGACCUUUAGAUAUAUUGCAUCUUUCCUCUUUUGCUGAAUAGCAAUAGGUUGGUCUAUGAAGUUGAACAAUAUUAUUGUGUUGUCACUAUUACAUAGUGACAAAAAUGUUUUUUCAUCAAGUGUCCGCAUACAGUGCUAGAUUGUUUCCCUGCCCAAUAAAGUACACUAGCAAUUACUUAAAAAUAAUAACUAAUGUGUACUAGGGGAAUUUUUUCCUCCAGCAUCUAUUUCAAAAGCAGGAGAAUUUUUUUUGGUGUUCAGUAAGAACAAUUAAGUAGAAGAUGUUUAUAGAUUCAGCAAUACCCAAUUAAAUAUAAAUAUAUUGAUUAAACAAUCUUCCCUUUUUAAAAACCUCGGCUUGAAACCUUCAAUGUUCUUUAACUUUAUUCUUCCUACUCUCUAGAUCAGAAAACUUUGGUUAAUGGUACUCUGUAGCUCAUAUUCAGUAAUAGCUCUAUGGGUAUCUGAAUUCUGUUUUGUAAUAGUGUGCUAUGUUACUGAUAAUUUACUCUUGAUUAUUCCUUCUAUUGGCAAGAUCAACAAAGUGUUACAACCUAAACAUAAAUAUAAAGCGCUGUGUACAAGUUUAGCGCUUUUGUAACAAAUGAUGACCACCUAUUGAAUAAACUUAAGUAAAAUUUGACUAGAGAACCUCAUUGUGCUUUAAUUAGCCUGAUUUGAAGUUAAAAUAACCACAAUCGAGACCAAAGUAAACACUGAUUUUCCCUAUAUAUAUUAUAUAGUAUGCCUUAUAUAGUUUCAAAGUUAACUUUUGUAGAAUAUCCUCCCCAUUUUUAUUAUAACACGUUUACAUGAUUAUAAAACAUUGCUUGAAUUGUAUGUACUCUUUGUGUAAAAAAAAAAAGUGGAAAACAGUCAAUUGAAGUUAUAUGGGUCACAUUGCCUGUUUACUGUCUUCUUGAUGGACUAAAGCACUGAUUGCCUUUCUUUAUAUCAUGUAUUUUAUAAUUUCAUUUCAUGCCUUAUGUCUUUUUAUAUCUGUCAAUCAUGAAUAUUGUGAGGUUUUAAAGGAAUUACUUGAUUAAAAACAAAUAAAACAUUUAACUUUGGCAUUUAAA